AUGUUCAAAUCACUCCUGGCUAGGUCUGCCGUAGUGCGGCCUGAGGUCCUUUCGCGACCCGCCUCCAAAGUCGUUGCUUUUCACCAGGUCACCAAGCGAAAGCUCCAUCUCGCUCCCCCUUUCCUCCUCGAUGACUACAUUCCUCGCUAUCAUCUGCUCUCCUCUGCCGAGGCAGCUAAGAAGCGUUCCGCCGCAUACGCUCACCUCCGUCAAUGCAACCUCUGUCCACGUCUCUGCAAUGUCAACCGCUACGAGACCACCGGUCACUGCUUGAUCGGCGCGGAAACGGUCAAGGUGUCAACCAUCGCGCCUCACUUUGGAGAAGAGCCGUGCCUGCAAGGGCAUAACGGGUCUGGGUCUAUAUUCCUCAGUGGCUGUAAUUUGAGGUGUGUGUUCUGUCAAAAUCACGACAUCGCGCACCAGAAGGUCGGCUUUGAUCUUACUCCGGAGGAGCUGGCGGAGUGGAUGGUCAAGUUGCAGGAGGUGGGUCAUGUACAUAAUAUCAACGUGGUGACGCCCGAGCACGUCGUGCCCCAAGUCGCACUGGCUAUUUUGACUGCCAGGGAGAUGGGGCUCAACGUGCCAAUCGUGUACAACACUAGCGCAUUUGACAGCCUGGAAAGUCUCAAGCUGAUGGACGGACUGGUGGAUAUCUAUUUACCCGAUUUCAAGGUCUGGAACAACGAAACGAGCAAGCGGCUUUUGAAGGCCGACGCAUACGCGGACACAGCAAGAGAAAGCAUUCAGGAGAUGUACCGGCAAGUCGGCGAUCUGUGCUUCACCGCCGACGGGAUCGCGAAGAAAGGAGUGCUGGUCCGUCAUCUUGUCAUGCCGGGAAAGGAACAGGAAGGAGUGCAGAUCAUGAACUGGUUGGCUGAGGCACUGGGAAAAGAUGUCUUUGUGAAUAUCAUGGAGCAGUAUUUUCCUACUGCUCAUGUCGGCAAGGAGAAAAGGGGCACCAAGUCAGGGAGCUCGAGCAAGAGAUAUCCGGAAAUCAACCGCGCAGUCAACAAUGAAGAGGUCGGCGUUGUGCAGAAGGCAGCAAGAGAUGCUGGGCUUUGGAGAUUUGCUGAGCCAGCGAGACAUGGUGGCUGGAAUAUUUGA